CGAUUAACAAGCAAAACCGUCACGGUACAUAGUCUUACAAAAACUGACCCUGACAGACUUACCGCCUUUUGGUUACCUCGUUGGGAGACGUCACCAGGGAGACUUCUGGAGGACAACACCGAGGUUGGUCGAGAGAGGGGCGCAGGUGAGGCAGGAAAGUAACCUGGGAGCUCUUCAGGAUGGAGGUCAAGUGGAAGGCCGCAGCUCUCGUCCUCGCUCUUUGGUGUUGCUGCGAUGCUCUGCGCGUUACCUCCGUGUCGCCACGCAGAGGAAGCGUCAAUGGAGCCACACGACUCACUAUUCAAGGAGAUGGUUUUGCACAGGAGCGGCAGUUCCAGCUGAAUCCAGUAGACGACAUGUUUGGAAACCGUGUGACCCUGGUGUCAAACACCCUGUCAGUCCCCUGUGAUGUGGAGAGAGACUCCACACACAGCAACCAGAUCAUGUGCUACACCAGACCCAUGCCAUAUGAUUAUUAUGAAAUCCAUGUCAGUGUGGAUGGUGUUCCCAUUCCUGACAACAGCAUGUGCCGUUACAGUUGGCUCUGCAGCUUUACAACUGUUUGGUAUCUCACGCCUACUAUUGAAUCUCUGAGUCCAGUCAGUGGUCCUCCAGGCACACUGGUGACCGUGUAUGGACGUAUCUUUACUGAUGUAUAUGGAAGCAACACAGACUUGAGCUCAAAUGGAAUCAACGCCAGAUUUCUGAGAUCCUACAUGGGAGGGAUGCCUUGUGAGCUGCUUAAACCCAACUCAGAUGAACGGUAUAACCUACAACUGGUUUCUGAAUCUUCACAAAUGGGAUACAUGAGCUGCAAAAUGACGGGGACGUUUGUUGGUCAUCAAAACCUGAGUUACAUUCUUGAUGCAGACUUUGGGAGGAGUCAGGCAGUGAAGAAGCUCUACAGGGUUUCAGCUUUGGGCAAGCUGUCCAUGUUUCAGACCUUUGCAGAGGUGACAGGGGUCUUUCCUUCAGAGGGUAGCAUCAUGGGUGGAACUCUGUUGACCGCUCAGGGCCUGCCGUGUGAAGUUCAGAGUGUGGACGAUGACAGAAUCACAUGCAAGACUGCAGAACACCAGAUGAACAAGAACGCGGCAGUCUACCCGGGUGGAAGAGGCUUGAAAAUGGAGGUGUGGAACAACUCACGGCCCUCUUCCCUCAGCAAUAUUUGGAGCUACAACAAGAACACAACUGGCUACUGGUCUCAGUGGAUCGACUCCAUGCCCCACGUCUUCCCCAGAGAAAUGGAUUACUUCACCACACGAUUUACAGGCUUCUUUGUCCCUCCUGCCACCGGCAACUACACAAUAUACUUGCAGUGCGAUGAUCGAUGUGAUCUCUAUCUCAGCAACUCGAGCCGCCCUGAAAAUAAGGUUAAAGUUGCAUAUCAGCCAUAUUAUGUCAGUGACUACACACAACUGGCGUCACAAAAGUCACAAGUACUGGCCUUGGAGAAAGACAAACCGUAUUACAUGGAAAUUCUGCAACAGGAAUAUGGAGGUGCAGCUACCAUCAACUUUGGCUUGUUCCAAGGGGAGAGUUCCUACACAGAACACCAGAUGGAUAAUGCUGUCAAUGAAGUCCAGGACAUUGUUGCUGAUUACGACGUGUUUGAUGAAGAGCAGGUGGUUACCUUUGACAUGUGGCCCGCCAGUGUGGCUGGAGUCAAGGAAGUCCAGAACGUGACUGUCAGCAGCAGCUGUUCUGAUGCACUCUGUAGCAGCGCCUUCUUCAGCCUCGGCUAUGGACGUGCCAUGACUGCACCGAUCACAGUCAGCGCUUCAGCAGCUGAGGUAGAAGCAGCUUUGAACAGCCUGUGGUCCAUCAAACCCGACACGGUCAUGGUCACCAAACAACAAAGCAGCGAAGGGUCUCACUUUAUAGUCACUUUCAAUUCUGACAGAGGUGACUUUGAACCUCUUCACUUUGAGGUUUUUGGUUCGGACACCAACAUCACUGUUACUGAGGUUACCAAGGGGAGGAGCAACAUGAAAACCUUCACUCUGCUCUGGGGAGGAAUCCCUACAAAGCCCAUCGCCUUCAACGCAUCCGAAUCUGAGGUUGAGUCGGCUCUGGAAGACCUGAUGAAAGCAGAGUGUCCGGGGGAGAUCUUGACUUUUGAAGGCACUGAUGUGAAAUACUUCAAAGACUUUGAGAAUGACAAUUCGCAGUUCAAUAUUGCAAACGAAGGAACGCCUGUGGAUCACUCGGGAUUCUGUGGCCGGUGGUCGCUGAGGAACGCCGAGAUCCUUUUCAAGGACAGCUACACAACAGAGUCUGGAGAUACAUAUGGACCGGUUUCAUUGGACAAGCACCCAAUGCUUUGCUUUGCAUACAAAGGAAUGCUGAAAGAUGAAGUUGGAAUGAGGUUCACUUACCAGGACAACAAAGGCCAAACGCUAACACUGACAACAAACAUCAACACUAUCUUCAACAAGGGCUUCAAAUGGAGUUAUAAAUGCAUGAAUCUGCGAAGUUCUCUGCAGACCCAAUACAUUGGGAGCAGAUACAGUCUGCUGGAGUUUUACCUCUACAAGGAUGCUUCUGGUGAAGAUUUCUUCAUAGAUGCCGUUCAUAUUGGAAAGAUGGCCACUGCAAUUGAUGAAAAUGCUGUUCCUAACAAGAGGAGACCCGCUCCUUUUGAGGACUCUGGUCGGUCCUUCGAGUUGAUCUCCGUCAGCAAACAUGCAUCGUCUACUUCACGGAUCAGCUAUGAGAUCAAAGCCACACCUGCAGACUGUGCAUUUGAUUUUCCACUGCUAGGCGUUGGCUUCCUGCAGAUGUCCAACAACAGUGAGGACGCGGCUGAGUUUAAAGAAGGAGCUGCCACAGUGACCAUCGCCCGCCCUCACCGAGCCUCCCCUCCUCUGAACGGCACUUUUGAUGCGAUGAUUUACGGUGGUCGAGCUGAAGGUUUGUCUGUGGACAUCAGUGAGGAGGACCUGAAGUAUGCACUGGAGGGAAUUGCAGGGAUGGGCCAGGUCACUGUCCAAAAGUCUGGAACCUGCAGACAUUCCCAGUGGAGCGUUAAGUGGCUCACAAAGCCAGGAGACCAACCUCUGAUCCAGGUUGAUUACUCGUCAGUUGUCGGGGAAAAUGUCAUUGUUUCGGCCACGGAAACGCGAAAGGGAAGUUUGUGGAUUCAAAGCCUGACAGGAGACUUUUUCCGAGUGUGGGAAAACAAACCACAGGUGGAGGUUCAAAUCAACGGCAUCCCAUCAAAGUGUUCUGGUGACUGUGGCUUUAUAUGGUCUGAAGAGAAAACUCCAGUCGUGACAGGAAUCAGCCCUUCUCAAGGUUCUAAUGGUCUGGGGACUCUCUUAACUGUCACUGGGACUGGCUUCAGCAGUGAAAAUGCUUCCAUCAUGGUGGGAAAGGCCAGGUGCCACAUUGAAGCAACCACAGCUACCACUCAAGUGUGCAGACUUGGCAGCACCAGUGCCGGCACCAACCCAGUGUCAGUAAGCUUCCCCUCUCUGGGCGAUUCACGCUUUUCAGACGGCAGUUUCCUCUUUACUUACCAGCUCAUCGUGUCUUCUUUCUUCCCGCUCUCUGGAAGCGUUGCAGGAGGCACCCUGCUGACAGUGAGAGGCUUUGGCUUCAGCCAGAACGCCACAGUUACUGUUGGCAGUGCAGAGUGCACAGUGAUUGAUUCAACUGACACUGAACUGAAAUGCAGAACACCAGCAGGAGCUGUGGGAUCACAGACGGUCACAGUGUUGUUGGGAAACAUGAGUCAGACGGCCAUCAGCUCCUUCACCUACGAUAAUAACCUCACCCCACAGAUCACAGGCCUGAAUCCCUGACCACCACUGUGAUUGGCCACCGAGUUCUCACCAUCCAAGGUUCGAACCUCGGGCAGCAAGACAAUGACAGCAUCGUGCUCGUAGGAAGGAAGAAAUGUGUCACCGUGCUUUGGACGGCAACAAACAUCACCUGUCUUCUCCCUGUGCUGC